UAUUAUAAUUAUGGCCAAUACAAUAUUUUACAGUAUUGAUCUAUCUGACACUAAAAUGACAACAUCUAAAAUACUUUUAAUUCUUCUUUAAAAGCUCAGAAGGUUGACAGAUGUUUCUCAAUAAAUGUGCCUUUAUGAAGGAAAAAUAUAAGUUAUUAGAAUGUUAUUUAGUAAGUGAUUAAUUUUAUUUAGCUCUACAUUAUGGACAAGAACAGGCAGUAUAGCUUGGCUAAAGUGUAUCAAUAAGUGACAGUGAUUUAACAUUUCAGUAAUUAAGAGCAUCUCAUUUGAAAAAGACAUUUCCCAUGGUGGAUUCUUGCAUCUGUUUCUCUCGUCCUUAGGGGAAGGAGAUAAGAUGUGGGGAAAGAAAACAAAUAAUGGAACCGAGAACGUACAAUUAAAGAAAUGAGAAACACCACAUGAAAAUUACAUGAAAAAUCUCCUCACGAGUUUUAACAUAAGCCUUCCGUAAAUCAUCUUUCAGCAUUACUUUAUAAAAGAUUUAUGCAAGUUUUAUGAAUUAAUUCUCAAUGUAGGUAGCCAACUUUUACUCACGCUUUAUGCUGUGCCAUUUUGUAAGUCGGCAUAUCUCAUUUCACCCCUCACCCUCUAGUGAUCACACAAAAACACACACACACACACACACACAGAGGAGUAUUUCUUUGGGGAUUAACUCCUCUACAAACAAACGUCAGCAGAGCGUCAGAGCAGUGCAGUGCAGAGCAGUGUUUGCUUCUGCUUGCUUUAGGAGCUCACCUGUUUAAAGAGACAGUCAUCUAUUACACAGGAAUAAGAAAUAAGAAUGUAACACAUAAAGGUUAUGAAUUAAUUAAGGAGGUAAAGUGUAUGGUAAAGAAGUAGAAGAGUGGAAAUGGGUGGAAAUGCAUCGCAUUCUAGUUUCAUCAGUUCCUGACUGCAGAACAGGAGGUGAGAUGGGGUGUGUGACUGUGAUCGAGCCCGUGGUGGGUCUGCAUGCCUUUGCCAUGUUUAUGACCUACCCACUACUACAGCAGUAUGUCUACAGGAGGCUGUGGGAACAGCUGAGUGGUUCUCCUUUUCCUGUCAGUGUAAACCAGUCUCACUGCUCCAACAACUACACCAAUCUGAGUAUUCAUCAGGCUGUGCAGAGGGAGACGUCUCACUUCCUCAUCCAGACUGAGCUAUGCUUCCUCUUUCCCAGCCUGGUCUCCUCGCUGUUUCUGGUGUCAUACAGUGACUCCCAUGGCCGCAAGGUGGCCAUGGUGCCCCCUUUGGUGGGCAGUCUUCUCUUCACACUCACUUGCUUCAUAGUGAGCAAGUACUCACUCAGCCUCAGCUACCUUCUGGGUGCUGCUUUCUUUGCUGGGUUUUUUGGGGGUACAAGCACUUUGAUUGGAGGCUGUUUCUCCUACGUGGCUGACUGCUGUGGACAAGACCUGGCUGAGAAUAGUAAAAGAGAGAAGACUGUUCGAAUGGCUCGUCUAGACAUGGUCUUAGGUGUGCUGUCUGGUUUCGGCUCCCUUUGCACUGGGUUCUAUAUUCAAGCCACUGGCUUCAGCUGGCCAUUCCUCUCAGCAUCCAUACUUCAUCUGCUCAACCUGAUGUAUGUGCUGGGGAUCCUGAAGGAGCCUCAGGGUCUUUCAGUACAAAAUCUGACCCCUAACCAGAGCUCUUCCAGCCACAGGGCAGUUGCUGAGUCUCCUCAACUAGCUACGUCUCAGGUUAUGACCAGGCGCUUUCAUGGUGUCUACUUGCUUUUUGCAGCUUCUACAAGGAGACGAAAUGCAGUGCUGCUGCUCAUCCUGAGUGCCUUUGUUUUCUACAAGGUUUCCAAAUUAGGUGCCAUGUCCAUCUUUCUCCUGUAUGAGCUGAAUCCUCCGCUGUGUUGGAGUGAGGUGCUCAUUGGCUAUGGAUCUGCUCUUAACACUCUGAUCUACCUGAGCAGUUUUGCUGGUGUGUCCCUGCUAUCACGAUGGCUGCCUGAUGCUCACAUCACUCUGCUUGGACUACUGAGUGUGGCCACUGGCUUCUUCAUGGCCACCUUUGCCAAGACCACACUGCUUAUGUUUCUGGUGCGACUUCCUCUACUCCUGUCCAUCAUGCCUGCUCCUGUGAUGCGCUCCAUGAUGUCCAAACUGGUGCUGAGCUCUGAACAAGGUGCUGUGUUUGCAUGUAUGGCCUUUAUGGAAAUGUUGAGUAUGGGGGUGGCAUUCCCAGUGUUCAGUAGCAUCUAUGCUGCUACCAUCUCCUGGUUCUCUGGGUUCACAUUCCUUCUAGCUGCUGGUCUUAGCUUAAUACCAGUGUUACUGAUUGGUGUUAUGCUCUGGCUGCGACUGGACAUGAAGGAGGAGGAGUCCAAAAUUCUGACCUCUGAAGAUGACAGUGAGGACAGCACAGGCUCUGAGAUACCUCACUAGCAUAACUACUGAGACAAAUUGUUACUCACAGUGUAGUGCACUUAGUAACAUAAGCACAGCAUUAAUCAUGUUAAAUGGUGUAUGUUUUAGCAUGUUUUAGAUCUGAAACUGUGAAAAUCUUUCAGUCAUUCAUUUCACUGUGAUGUAAUAUUGAUGGACAGUGUCACUGAAAAAUUAAUUAAUUAUUGGACCA